UCGCGUGCAGUCCUGUCAUCCGUCUGACAUUUGAUUAUGGUUAUAAAACGGAGCGCUGUUUACUCUCGUUCGCAGUUUGAUAUAACAUGGCGAGUCGUUCGCCUCGUCAGAAGGUAAGAUUCGUGCUGGCACUCGCAUCCAUCGCGACGGUACUGCUGCAAAGCGCAAGAACAGUCCAUGCCCACGACCAGGCCGUCUUCGAUUCCCUCCGCCUCAUCAGAACUGGCGCGGCCGAAGAAGACAACCUCGAAGGCUCGAGGAAAGUGUGGUUCGAGGUGGCAGGAAGAGGUCUCUAUCAGGGCAUCGGCAACAAUAUCCUCGUGACGGAUGCGAAGGAGCUCAAGGGCUCGGAGUGCGCCGUGAGCAAGGACCGUCUGAUCCAGACCAACCUCACGGAGAUUGUGGUCGAACACAAUUCCGCGAGGUUCGCGAUGGUAAUACCUCUUAGUGUUGAAGGCGAAGUGUACUUCUGUUUACCUCGAUCGGCUGUGAACGAUGACGAGAUCAUCAGCCCGGCGGGAUGGUACCAUCAGGGAACCACAGUGGCCAUCCUCCUGAACAGCACUGACCUAGGCCCAGUGCAAAAGCAUUCUAGAGAUGUAGAACAAAUGGAGAAUUUGCUGAGUAAGGUGAAGGUCCACGGUGUGAGAGUUGACGUUGCACCGAAGGAGCCGCAUCUCGACGAAUAUGGUGUGCCUUACCUGCUGGCUGGAAGUACGUACACGCUGCGACUGUUCGGCCGUGGUUUUUCCGAGCACACCUUGAUCACAUUUACACAGUACAAGGGAAACUACGGUGAUUCCUGUCAGAUCCCGGCCACCGGAGUAUUCGAAAUAGUGAACGGGUCUCUUCAGCAGGACUCGGUGCAGGUGGUGAUGCGGCUCCCGCCUGCGGAGCAGGACGGUCCAUUCUACAUUUGUGUGCGGGAAGGAACCGCGAAGUUGGUGGAGAGAGUGACGGAUAGCAGACCGUUUGUGCAUCAGGGCAGUGAGCCAUGGAUACGUGUGAAAAGUUUCGAGAAGAUGGUACCCAUCUGGGCCGCCAUCACGAUCAUCUGUGUGUGCUUGUGCUUUUCGGCCCUAUUCUCGGGUCUGAACUUGGGUCUCAUGUCCCUCGAUCGGACAGAGUUGAAGAUCCUGUGCAACACCGGCACAAACAAGGAGCAGCAGUACGCGAAGAAGAUCCAGCCCGUUCGCAAUCACGGCAACUAUCUACUCUGCAGCAUCCUCCUCGGUAACGUGCUAGUGAACUCGACGUUCACCAUCCUCCUGGACGAUCUGACUUCGGGCGUUAUUGCCGUCAUCAGUUCGACACUGGCCAUCGUCAUGUUCGGCGAGAUCACGCCGCAGGCGAUCUGUUCGAGACACGGCCUGGCCAUCGGCGCCAAGACCAUCGUCAUCACCAAGCUGGUGAUGGCCGUGACCUUUCCACUUUCUUAUCCCAUUUCCAAGAUCCUGGACGUUCUGCUCGGCGAGGAAAUCGGCAGCGUUUACACCAGGGAACGCCUCAAGGAACUCGUAAAGGUUACGACAGGAGAGAACGAUUUGGAUAGGGACGAGGUGAACAUCAUCAGCGGCGCUCUGGAGUUGCGCAAGAAGGCCGUCGCCGAGGUUAUGACCAAGAUCGAAGAUGCCUUUAUGUUGGACUACGAGGCCAUCCUCAACUUCGAGACAGUUUCUGAGAUCAUGAAAUCUGGAUAUUCGCGGAUACCGGUGUUUGAGAACGACAGAAAGAACAUCGUGACGACCCUGUACAUCAAAGACUUGGCGUUCGUAGACCCCGACGACAAUACGCCGCUGAAGACGUUGAGCCAAUUCUACCAGAACCCGUGCAAUUUCGUCUUCGAAGACGUCACCCUCGACGUCAUGUUCAAAGAUUUCAAAGAAGGUAAUAAAGGGCAUAUGGCUUUCGUAAAUAGGGUGAACAAUGAGGGCGAGGGCGAUCCGUUUUACGAGACCAUCGGUUUGAUUACCCUCGAGGAUGUCAUCGAGGAGCUCAUCCAGGCUGAGAUCAUGGACGAAACGGAUGUGUUUACCGACAAUCGGUCGAAACGUCGCAGGGCGGAUAGGACCAAGCAGGAUUUCACGGUGUUCGCGGAGCGACGAGGCGAAAAUAACAGGAUCAGGAUCAGUCCGCAACUUACGCUCGCGGCAUUCCAAUACCUGAGCACGAGUGUUGAACUCUUCAAGACGAACACCAUCUCGGAGACGAUACUCAGGCGACUGCUAAAGCAGGACAUCAUCAAUCACGUGAAGAAGACCAAGGACUGGAGGAACGACCCGCUGGCUGUGAUCUAUCAGCAGGGUAAACCAGCUGACUACUUCGUUCUGAUCCUCGAAGGAAGAGUCGAGGUGACGGUCGGCACAGAGAACCUUAUGUUCGAGAGCGGAGCAUUCACCUACUUCGGAACGCAAGCCCUGAUCCAGAACGUCGGCGUCGUGGAAUCACCGUCGACGCUCGGUAGUCUUCAAUCACUCAACAUGGACAGCAUGCUGAGAUUCACCUUCCAACCGGACUACACGGUGCGGGCCUGUUCCGAAGUCCUCUACAUGAAAGUGAAGAGAAACCUGUAUAUGGCUGCAAAAAGGGCUUCCCUGAUGGAGAGAUCGCAGCGGGACAACACGACGGCCUCCACAGAUCAAUUCGACGACGAAGUGGAAAAGUUGUUUGAUGACGAAUCAGACGAUUUUGCGUUGCGUUUUGAAAAGUCUGCUGUUGUUGAUGGCACCUCCGACCAGCUGCUGCACUCUCUGGAGGAGGACGGUAGUAUCGGUACCAAUUCGCCGGAGCCGAAGAAGAGACUCUCAGUACACGAGGUGCUUGUGAACAUGAGCCAGAACGCCAGUCCGAAGACGCCAUCCGUCAAAUCCCAUCUGAGUCCGACGGUGAUGCGUUCCUUCGGCAGCGGCGGCAUCCACGAGCUGAACGGUUCGGUGAAGCCGAACCCCAUGGACGAGAUUCUGAGCAGGGAGGAGGAGAAGCACCAGCUUCUGCCAAGGAAGUCAUAACGAACAAUGCCUGGCCCCGGCGAAGAUCCGCGCCGCGGCCAACCAGGUCUUUUACGUUCUGUACUUAAGCGGUUGGAAGAUAUACGGAAAUACUUAGAAUUCACACUUAGUUAAUGAGAUAUAAAUAUUUAUAAAUAUAUAUAUAUAUUGUGAAAAGAAGAAAAAGAAAAAAGAGAAGAUAUAUAAACCUAGAGCAGCGCACUAGAAAUAUAUGCUAUUGUUGGAACGAAUCAUUUCUCCGCGUUUCCAUCGAAACGCAACCUUAACGAACGAAGUUUUAACAAACACCAAGUAGCUGUUAUUGUUUCAUUACCUUUUGUUUUUUUCUGCCUAUAAGAGCAAUUUCUGUUAUAUUCAUAAUUUAAGAGAAAUGUUGUUUGCAUGUCAAUUCAGAAGAGUUUGUAAAUUUAUAUAUAUAUAUAUAAAAAAUACGAUAUUUUCAUCCAUCUGGUACAUUGCAUACAUACGGUUCAUCAUCGUUAUAAUAUACUGCUAUAAAUAACAAUUUGUAACAAACACGAAUUACUGAGUGAAACUUUGCAAUAAUACGUGUGCCAUAUAUUAUUAACUUUUUUUUUGAGAACGAAGAAGAUAUUUGUUCUAUCGCCGUUGACCUGCGUGUGCUUAACUAGAGUAAAGAAGAAGUUAUUUAUGUUUAAAUUCGUAGAAUCCAUCCAUGUGAAAAUUUAUAAACAAUCAUUUUCCUCUAUCAUGGGCGCAGACAAUUUACAAAAUAUAUUUCAUUUACAAAAUACAAAAUAAAAACACAAUCAACGUGCUUAAACUUAUGAAGAUUACUAAUUUACUCUCUCUCUCUUUUUGUUGUUGUCAGUUUAUUUUUUAUUCCAGCUUUUAAACCGAAUGUUCUACAACUUUUU